AGUCAGGGAGGGGGCGUGGCUCCUGGCCGAGGAAUACCCUUCGCUAAGCGGCCGCCUCCUCCUCCUCGUUUUUUUCCCCCUCCUGCCGUCUGGCUCUCCUGCGCGAUCGGAGGGCGAUCGGCGGCGCUCUUGGCUCGUCUCCGAGACAAAGGCUGCCUCGGCCGGGCCCUGGAGGCGGGCUGAGCCGCCGCUUCCUUCCCCGCUGCUGCCCAUGGCUUCAACCCGCCAAGCCAACCCGGUCUCUGCCUUCCUCUUCUUGGCAGCCGCGAUCGGGGCACAGGCUGUGCCUUCCUUUUGUGAGAUCCUCUGCAGCGGCGACAAAGAAUGUUCUGAACAAGGAACGAGCUGGACCAGCUUGUGGUACGUCUGGCUUAUCCUGCUAACUGUCUUCCUGCUCCUGAUGUGCGGGAUCGGAGCCAGCUGUGCCAAAUUCUGCUGCCGCACCAAGCAACCCCUGCGCCAAACCUUCCCGCCCCAUGCGCACGAUCUGACCGUCAUCCCCAUGGAGCACGACAGCACCGCCCACAGCACGGUUACCUCCUACAGCUCCCUCCAGUACCCUCCCAACGUCUCUCUCUCACUGCCUUUUGGAGACGCGGAUAGGAACACCGCUUGUCCUCCAGCCUACAGCCUCUACGCCAUAGAGAUGCCCCCUUCUUACAACGAGGCCAUCCGGAUGUCCAAGCCUCACGACGAGACUCCGUCAGCGGGCCAGAAACCGGACAGCGGCGCCUGUGAACCAGCAGACUCGGCGAGGGAGCGGAACGAAACUCCCGAGUUGCCCGGAUCAUCCCAAAACUGCCCCACGGAGGCACAAGAAAACCCGGGGGAUGCAUCCACCGGUACUUCCUCCCCCGAGCAGUCGUAGCGGUCUCUUCGAUAGGGGAACAGGGAGAAUACGGACCGAAGUCAUGGUGGAGAAGGGAAAUUUGAUCACCUGUGCCUGCCGCUUUCUGAGUACCAUUGGAAUUCUCGAGGAGAUGGAAACAAGAUCUUUUCCCGCACACGCCCCCCCCCGUGUCUGAAUUAUCCAAGGUGAAAAAUAAAGUUUUGGGGGUGACAGGCCCCUGACCCUUACAGCAAGGGUCGGCAACCUGUGGCUCUGGAGCCGCAUGUGGCUCUUUUCCCCCCACCCCCAUUGCUGUGGCUCCCUGUCACUCAAAAUAGGUGUCACAACCGCCAAUGGGCAACACCCGCCGGCACACAAUUUAAUGAGCUUUUCAACCCCCGGUAGGCCAACCAUGGAUAAAUCCAAGAAAAGAAAAGUUUCAGAAGAAAACAGAACGUUUAAUUCAACUACAAAAUGCUGGUUUUGUGGCCGCUCAAGAAAUAGUCAGGCACGGGAAGGGUUUUGUGACUCCCGAUGUUUUCUUUUCUGUGGGAAGCGGGUCCAAAUGCUCUUUGAAUGUUUAAGGUUGCAGACCCCCUGCCUUAGAGGUUCAGUUGCCUUGAAUGCAUUGGAUUAGCAGAAAAAUGCCUGCCUGCUGGACUUAAAGGCGGUCAAAGGGUCUCUCUACCCCACACCCUGUCGUCGGGGGAGUGGGCGAACCAAAAAGACGAGAGCAAGCACAGAUUUAAUUUCUCUUUCUUCCGCGGAAGACUGGACUUUCUAGCAAAUUGCUGAAAGAUGAGAAUUCGUUGCUAUGUAACGGCCACGCUUGGACCCAGGGCCCGUUUUUUUGUUUUUUUAAAAAAAAUUCCUACGUCUUCUUUCGAUAGACUGGGCAAUAUUUUCCAAGGUACCAAAGUGUUGGAAAUUCUUUUGGGGGACAGGCCAAAGUUCUUUUUUUUUUUUUAAUCCUAAAUCCAAACCCGGAAUAUUCCAUAGUUUCUCGGUGCCUGCAGGUUCCCGAUUCCCACGUCUCCUCCGAAGGACAAUGGCUGCGUCCGACUGGAACGGGAAUUCUGCGUUGGGCUAUAUUUCGAGUUCCUGCCGUGGAUUUAAAAAGAAUGACUUUUUGCCAAGAAUUUUUUCAAAAAAAAUUCUUUUUGAAUCGAGUAAUAUUCUGCUGGACCACGAAGCGUUUUGUAUUUUAGGUAAUUCAUCUUAAAAAAAUGUUUAUGUUUAUGGAUUGUAUAUAGAAGGUCAACCUAUUGGGAGAAUGCUUAUAUAAAUAUUCCCCUGAAUAGUUCCCCUUUCCCCUUUGAUCUAAUUUUUCAUCGAUAGCUGGCAGAAAUUGUGGAACAAUUCCGAAAUAGUCUCUAAUAUUCGUCGCCUUUAAGGAACGUGUGUGUUUUUGCUGUGUUAUUUUCUAUUUGAAUCGUUCAUUGUCUCUGGAGUAUAUUCCCGUUUCGCAGGAGGGGUAGUCCUCGAUUUACGACCGACAAUUGAGCCCACAAUUUGGCUUGCUAAGCGAGGCAUCGGUUAAGUGAACUUUGCCCCGUUUUACGACCCUUUCUUGUCGGCGUUGUUAAGAGAAUCACUGCAAUUGUGAAAAGUUAGUAACCUGGUUUGUUAAGCGAAUCUGGCUUGCCCGUUGGCUUGUCAGAAGGUUACAAAAGGGGACAGUGCGACCGACAGUUGUCAGUCAUCUGAAUUCUGAUCACGUGGCCAAGGGGAUGCUGCCAAGUUUGUAAGUUGUGAAAAAUGGUCAUAAUGGUCACUUUUUUAGCGAACUAUUGUAAAUCGAGGACUACCUGCAUAGAUUUAAGGCAGAAGUGGCUGGGCGGGGAAGCCAUCAUCUUGGUUUAAUACCAAAACGGCAGCUUCAACACAAUCCCACUGGGCUAGGAUUUAACAAACCAGGUUACAGCUUAGCAGAAGAUGUGAUGUUCCCUUUUGCGCAACUCCCGGGGAGCUUCCAAGAACACACAGGGGUUGCGUACCAAGUCCCAAGUGUCGCCCAUUUUCCCCACUCCCCCAAAAAAACAACCCUUGGGUGUUAAAUGUGACACAGGCUUUAUUGACAAAACUCAAUAAUUUCAGUUAUAAAUUCUGUCCGAGUGUGGCUACUAGAGGUUUGAAAUCCUGUAGUCUCGGCUCGAGAAGGUUUUCGUUUCACGCCUCUCACAACUUAAAAAGACACUUGCUGUGACCAGGGCUGUGACUUCACGCGUUGCUGUUUGAUGUCCAGGUUCUGCCACGGGUCUUUUUUACCCCACUUAACACCGCCGGAGGAAGAGAAAGCAGAUAGGGGAGAGGGAACCGAAGAAAAGUUUCUCCCAGGUCUUACUGAGUCAGUUUGAAGGAUUCGCCCGUCAUCAUGGCCACGAAUUCUAGGAAGGAAAAACAAAGCUAGAGCAAGAAGGUAGAAAUGUCGUCCUUUUUUUUUUUUUUUUAACCCCGUGUCCGUCCUUCCUUGCCUUCCCUCCCCCAAACAUGUUGAUUGGAUGUGUUCUGACCCAGCUGCCCAAACAUAGUUAUCCCUCUGAAGCGAACUCGAAAAAUUCCUUUAUUAGGAGCGCCUGCAGCCCGGGCAAAAGUUUCUCUCGCACGCUGACUAGGCCGCCUGGCCGGAAGAUGAAUAGUUGUCUACAACAUCUAUUCAUCUCCACCCCCUGCCUUUUAUCCCCAGAGCUAGGGUGGGGCCUCGCUAGCAGCGGUGGCUCUUCCGUCCCAAGGACCGUCCCAUAGAUUUCCACUGCUCUCCUCUCCUCUGCCUUCUGCACGUCAAGCACUGGACCCAGCUGUUCCUCCUCUUCCACAUCAGCCACCUCCAGACUCGGGAGCUGUUGACUCUCCAUCUGAGGGCUGACGGACACCUGUCUCUCUCUUUCUGCCAGCUCCAUUCCCUCUUCCCCCUGGGAGCUCUCAGGUUUCCCUGACUCCCACGCCUCCUCCUCCUCCUUUGAUAUGGUUGCUGGAGGGGCUGGCGGCCGACAGGCUACAACAGGAGGUCACAAAGGCUGGCACUUAGCAGUAAUUUUUCCCCCUGGGACUAGCCCUUCUGUUGGGCAAAAUGAAGACAAGAAGUUGGCCAACUUCAGUGGUCCAGGGAUGAGGUCCUGGAGGAGACAGUUAUGAACUGAAGGUGACCCAGAUCCUCAAGCUACCUUGCUUUGUUUCCAUGGGAUGGAGGUAGGGUUGGAUUGGUAGCCCUCGACUUACGACAGUUCAUUUAGUGGCCGUUGAAAGUUACAACAGCACUGAAUUUUUUUUUUACCGAAGACCGUUUUUCAUACUUAGAACCAUUACAGCGUCCCCAUGCUCAUGUGAUCAAAAUUCAAACCUUUGGCAACUGACUCAUAUUUAUGACGGAUGCAGAGCCCCAGGGUCAUGCGUUUCCCUUUUGUGACCUUCCGACAAGCAAAGUCGAUGGGGAAGUCGGGUUGACUUAACACCCGGUUUGCUAACUUAACAAGCGCAGCGAUUCACUGAAUGACGGUGGCGAGAAAGGUCAUAAAACGGGGCGAAACUCACUCAAGAACUGUCUCGCUAAGCCCAGGGGGUCU